AUGGAUUUCGAACCACUCUUGCAGUGUCGACUGAGCCUGGGGCCCAACUUGAAGCUGUACAAGGUUGACAAGGGGGAAAAAGUUGCAAGUCACAGCCAGGGAAAGAACCAGGGGAGAUGGGCGUCAGUCCUGGUUUCUCUGUGCUCUGUUGAGGGGGAGCCAGCAUUUCUCUUCACUUUGCGCUCCAGCACACUGAAGGGCAGACACAAGGGUGAUGUCAGCUUUGCAGGAGGAAAGAGUGAUCCGUCAGAUAGAGAUUUGGUGGCCACCGCUUUAAGGGAAGCCAGGGAGGAGCUGGGCGUUUCUGUGGCAACCGAAAAGGUCUGGGGCAUCUUGAAGCCUCUCAGGGACAGGUCAGGGAUGAUGAUAGCGCCUGUGCUGGCUAACCUCGGCCCCCUCGAGGAGUUGUCCUUCAAACCAAACCCUGGAGAGGUUGAGGAGAUUUUCACCUUGUCCUUGUCCCACUUAUGCAACCCUCAGAACCGUGGCUACACACACUUCCGCACUGGCGACAAGUACGGAUACACUCUCCCAGUGUUUCGUAACGGGAAGCAUCGAGUGUGGGGCCUGACAGCCGUCGCUCUAGACCAUACCCUGAAACUCAUUGUCCCUCUUUAG